CGGCGCGCCGGAAGGAAUCGCGAGAGGCGGUUGCGGGGACUCGAGGGUGAGGCCGCCUGCGCCGUCAGUGUCCCGGGGCCUCCGCGCUCUUGCCGCCGGUCCCGGCUUCGCCGCCCCGCACCGUACUCGGGCCGGCCCCGCCGACCCGCCUCUACCGACGGCUGGAUGACCGGCGCUUACGCCCUGCAGACGGUGGACACCGAGCUGACCGCUGACGCGGUGGAGUGGUGCCCGCUGCGAGGCCUCAGGCACCUGCUGGCGUGCGGAACCUACCAGCUGCGGCGUGCGGACGAGCCCGCCGACCCCCAGAGCAAGGAAGUUGAGGAGCCUCAGAUCCGUUUAGGUCGUCUCUUCCUGUACAGUUUCAAUGAGAACAAAUCUACUCAUCCUCUGGUCGAGGUCCAAAGAAAAGAUACUUCUGCAAUCCUGGACAUGAAAUGGUGCCACAUCCCGGUAGCUGGACAUGCCCUCCUGGGCUUGGCCGAUGCAAGUGGAUCCAUACAGCUGCUCCGCCUGGCAGAAUCUGAGCUUCUGAAGUGGAAACCAGAGGAGUUUUCCCAUUGUCUGUCUCAGGAGAAGAGCGGCCACAUGCUGGAGCCGUUGUCUAGCCUUGCCCUGGAGCAGCACUGUCUGGCUUUGUCCCUAGAUUGGUCCACUGGGAAAACUGGAAGGCUUCUCCAUGGGUUUGCUGUGUCUAGGACCAGGGACCAGCCCUUGAAGAUCAUCAGCAGUGACUCCAUCGGGCAGCUGCACCUGCUGAUGGUGAAUGAGACGGGGUCCAGACUGCAGAAAGUGGCCUCAUGGCAGGCACAUCAGUUCGAGGCCUGGAUUGCUGCUUUCAAUUACUGGCAUACAGAAAUUGUGUAUUCAGGGGGUGACGACGGCCUACUGAGGGGCUGGGACACCAGGGCACCUGGCAGAUUUCUCUUCACCAGCAUGAGACACUCCAUGGGUGUGUGCAGUAUCCAGAGCAGCCCUCAUCGGGAGCACGUCCUGGCCACAGGAAGCUAUGACGAGCACAUCCUCCUGUGGGACACACGAAACAUGAAGCAGCCGUUGGCAGACACGCCCGUGCAGGGUGGGGUGUGGAGAAUCAAGUGGCACCCUUUCCACCACCACCUCCUUCUGGCUGCCUGCAUGCACAGUGGCUUUAAGAUCCUCAACUGCCAAAAGGCAAUGGAGGAGAAGCAGGAGGCGACGGUCCUGGCAUCUCACACAUUGCCCAACUCGCUGGUGUAUGGAGCUGACUGGUCCUGGCUGCUCUUCCAUUCUCUGCAGCUGGCCCCCUCACGGCCGUGUCCUAGCAACCUGGGAACCAAGACAGCAGACCUGAAGGGUGCAAGCGAGUUGCCAGGACCCUCUUGUGAAUGCAUGGAGGAUAACGAUGGGGAGGGCUAUGGAGUGAAGCCACUCACAGAGGACAGCAGGGAGAACGGCACCUGGCUUCAGGCUACAGCAACCACCAUGCGUGACUGUGGCCAGAGCCCAGAAGAAGCAAACUCAGCCUUCAGCCUCCUGGCCACGUGCUCCUUCUAUGACCAUGCGCUCCACCUCUGGGAGUGGGAGGGGAACUGAGCUUGAGCUCAUGAAGCCCCUUCCCACAGGAGGGAGGGAAACCUGGAGGGAGACUGUGAGUGAAUGGCUAGGCUUACCUCAUCGGAGAUGCUUACCGCAGGUGACUGCACUGGUGGAAUUGACAACCGUAGUCAGAAAAGCUGUUAGCUUCUCUUAAAUAAACCUCUGUGCUGGGCCCCUGAAAAUGGACUGGGUGAUUCUUUCUGGCAGUGACUGGGGAAGAGACUGGGUUUCCAGCUUGCAAAUUUGUUAGUUUCUCGGGCAGAUUUCGACUUUCAGCCUUUUGUACUAGUUGAAGAAACUAUUUAUAUUAAAUGAAAUUUUUGGAAAAA